AUGAUUUGUGCUUUGGAAAUUGAUGCUCGUGUAGUUUUAUGUAAUGAAUGUUUAAUGACAGGCUUUAUUUUCGACUAUGAUUCGAGGAUGUACACAAUCGAACCUGAUGAGGAAGGCACCAUCAUCGAUGAUCUUCAAAACUUGAAACUAGAGAAACAUUUGAGUGGCUUCGGUGGCUCGAGUGGCUUGGUAUGGCUGGUGGCUCGUUCAUACUUUAACUCUGUCCAUUAA